AUGGGUAUAUUUCUUAUUCAUGGAUGGAAGGAAGCCCUUACUUGUUACUCAUUGUGGGUGUGGUACAAAUUGGAAUCAGUAUUUGAACUGAAAAUAAUUUGCCGGGAAGAUUCAUAUCAGUCCAUAGUCUCCUGUGCUGCCUUAGUACUUACACCUAUAGAACCACCUGGGGAAGCAAAGAAAAAAGAAGAGCCAAAAAUGCCUGAUGUGGCCAAACGGAACCUCUCUCUGAAGUUGUCAAAGGAGGUAGACCAAGGAGAAGCUAGAUGUCCUCGUGUCAGCCAGGUGGCCAGCAGUCCCACUGUGGAGUGGCCCUUUGCAGGCCUGGAAGAAAGUGGAGGCAUGGAAUCUUUGCCCUUCCGACUGAUGAUGCAGGAUUGCACAGCUGUAAAGACGUUAUUGCUGAAAAUGAAGAGGGUUCUUCAAGAGAGUGCAGAUAUGAGUCCUGCCAGUAGUACCACUUCACUUCCUGUUAGCCCACUUACUGAAGAGCCUGUGCCUUUCAAGGAUAUAAUGAAAGAUGAAUGUUCAGUGCUGAAGUUGCAGCUGAAGGAGAGAGAUGAACUCAUUUCCCAACUACGUGAGGAUCUGGAGAAAGCCCAACAUUUACAGAAGGCUCUUGCUUCCCAAGUAGAUAAAUCCACACAGACUGAACUUGUAGGCCAUGAUGGCACAGCUUAUGGAAGUGCUCCUGUACCUUCUCGCAGGCAAUUAUGCUACAUAUCUAAACAAAGUUGUGAGCCAAAACCUCAACACAAGGGACAGAAAAUCAGCACAUACUCCCACCGAGGACCCUUUUAGAUAUUCAUUGGGCAACCAAGCAACUGCCUAUGAAAGCAAAAGCUGUCAGCUGUCAAGUCUGUGUCUGAGUAACCUCCUGAAAGAUAAAG